GCAUUACAUUGCAAUUUCCUCGUCAGAGAAAGAACUUGUGAUUUUUUCUUGAUUCUUGUUGACUUGGAAAAUGGAAAGCUGGAGUGGAAAUUGAGAAUUAGAAAAGUACUUUUAAUAAAAGUAGUGAAUAGUGAGCAGAUUUAUUAAAUUACUUUAUGAGUAAUUAUUAAAAUUAAUAGAACGUGCUUGAAUUCCAAUUUAGACUAUUUUUUGUACAUCUAUUUUCUUGUUCACUGACUGACCUUGCUGUAAAGAAUGUUAAUUUUGGGCAAUCAAGCUAGUUUCUUUUUGUUUUAUUGACGAUCUAACAAGGGAAUUCAUGGAAUUUCUUCUCAUCAAUGAAAAAUGUUUGCCGCCCGAGUGUUUUUUGUUCUUUUUUGCGCAGCAAGUUUGAUUGGUUGUUUGGAAGCGGUUGGCCGUUCAAACUCAAAUACGUUAUCACGCAGUGCAACUCAGAAGCAAGUCAAAUCGGUUUACAAUGGCCUUGACGUGGCCAAUGGAGGAGGAGUGCCGCAGGCAGGUGCUAGCCGGCCAGUCUCAACAACCAGUGAUAGCAGUAGCGAGUCUGAUAGAUCGUUCAGAUCAGCGUGGGGCAUCAUCACGCUUAUUAUAGUCAUAGUCGCGGGUGGAGCUACUGGCUACUACGUAACACUAUUCUAUCCUUUAAUUUGUAAAAAGCAAGGCAAGUAUGAUAUAAUGGAACAUUCCCCUGUAUAACAUUCCUUUGUUUUAUGUCCAUGACACUCAUUCUUUACCAAAAAUUUAGAACUAAGUUGUAUGCAUCAUAGUUUUUUGCUUUAAACUAGUUUUGUUUAUUUAAAUUAAAUACAGUACAUGGUUUUCAACUAGAUCUUGAUUUGAAUAUUUGUAAAAUGUUUUUCCAAUGUACUACAAGAAAGCCUUUUGCAAAAUAACAUCUCAACAACGACAUCUUUCAAAGUACAAAUUUUAUACUACUUAAUUUUAAUGUUUUAUAAUGUGCAUUUUAGUAUCCAUGAUUAGGGAAACGACUUUGAAUGUAAUAUUUACAUUAGAUGUUUAUUAUCUAUCGAUUUAAUAUAAUUUUACAAUGUUUCAACUCUGAUUGAUAUUGCUGUAGAGGUUAAAAUUUGAAAAAAAUGUAUUUUCAUUAGCUUUUCUAUUUUAAAGCUGAAAUUGCCUGCUAUUGGUAAUGCUCAAUAUACAAUCAUAUCUUUAACAAAGAUGAAUUAACAAAAGACUUGAUUUUUUCCAUUUUUUAGGAUAUAUUAUAUAUUAUUUUAUUGGAACUAAUUAGCGUUAUCAUUGCUGAAGUUGAGUUUUUUUUGUCAAUCACAUAAGAAAUUCAAUUAACGCUGAUUAUUUCCCUAUAUAUUCUUGUCAUACUUAUACUUUUUGUUUCAAGCAACUACUGCGUAUCUUUACGCAUAAUUUCUUAUUUCUUAUUAUUAGACUAAAUAUCUUAACAUUUUUAAUUGACUUUUUCAAUCUCAAUUUUGCAUAUUUAGAAAUGUGUCUUCUAUGUACUUGGGAGAAACUCUUCUGAACACUAUAUUUAUUGAUAUAGUAAUAUCUAUAUUAUUUAUUGAUUUCUCUCUCUACUAAAUUUCCAUUCUUGACGGAUGAAAAGUUUUCAUUCUUCAAUAUUCUCUAAAAAAAAGUUAUCAUUUACAUUACAUAUGAUAAGUUAACUGAAUACUGAUCGUAUUAUUUUUAGGCAGCACUCCCAUCAAUUUAAUACUACUACAUUUUUUACAGAGUGCGAAGAUUUUUUAAUGAAUAGGAACUACAUUUAGAUUUAUGUGUGAUCUAAAAGUACUUUGGGAUGAACUUUAAAACUAAAAAAAAAACUCUAGGGAUAAACUUUUCUAAGAAAAUUGUGUAGGUUGGUUUUAUAUGAUUAUACAAACUUGAAUACUAGUGUCAAGAACGUUCAAAUGAUAUUCUAUGCUUCCAUGUAGACUGAUAUAAUUAUAUCCAGUAAUUUUUGUAACUAUUUACACAAGACUUUUAUUUUUAUAAUGCGAAUAAAUUGAAGUGUAUAUUGAAA